AUGGCUACCAAGAUCCCAGUUAAGAAAUCUGGGAAAUGUCAGUGUGAGACACACCAUACUAAGAGCAUCCUGUAUCAGAUCCUUAACAAAGAGCAUGGAAGUGAGACCAAGUGGCACCAGCAGCAUCACAGUCCCCACUGCUCCACAGAAAGCAAGGGCUGCUCUUGUUGGGACAGGAGAAGAGUUGUCCUGAAAACACCAGAAGCCACGUGCAGAAGAGCUUCUGGAGUGAUCCUGAAGACUUCAACUUUUAUUAGAAACUUGCCUUCUUUUUAUCACAUGCCUUUGGAUGAUCAGCUUGUCCUCAUACAGCAGAACUGGGCCCCUCUUUUUGUCCUGGGCAUGGCACAAGAAGGGGUGGAUUUUGAUCUGAGAGAGAUUUCAGUCCCUAGUUUAUUGAAAAAUAUUCUCCUCAAUCAGUCUUUGACAGCUAGCAAUGAACUGGGCAGCUCAUCAGCAGGAGCAUCUUUAGCAGAAGUUCAGAAGAUGAAGAAUCUCUUGUGGAAAUGUUGGUACCUGGACUUAAGUGCAAAAGAAUAUGCCUAUCUUAAAGGAAUUAUUCUUUUUAAUUCUGGAUGCUGUGUCCUAAAAUGUCUCCCCUAUGUACAGAAACUGCAGCAGGAAGCUCAGCAAGCCUUGAUGGAGUUUGUCUCAACAAUGUACCAUGGAAACCUGGGCAGGUUUGCUUCGAUUCUUCAGCUAAUCACCUCUCUUCGAGACAUCGAUGCAGAUGCUAUUGAAGAGCUUUUCUUCAGGCCCAUUCGAGGAGAGGUCAUCCUAAAUGUAUUGCUUCUAGCAACACUAUACGUCAAGCCAGACUGGCUUUGAAGACAGAUGACA